AUGGAAAAUCAAACUUCUUUCUAUGGGGGGAAGGAAGUUUCAAUAAUAUUAGUAGCAUUAGCCAUCCCCAACUAUAAUAGAGGAGUUGAUAUUCUCGUGACGGCAGGUGCACUUAGUAAUAGAGGAAUUGAUAUUAAAAAAUAUUGCUUCAGAUGUGGUGCUCAAGUUGAAGAUGGGUCGCAUGAAUUAUUAGAGUGUCCUUAUUCUAUGAUGUGUUGGGAGACCACUCCAUGGUGGGAAUUGAUUGUCAAUUGGGGCGCAUGUGCCUUUGACUUUGGUUACCCUGAUAUGGUAACUAAGUUGAAAAGGGAAGAGGUGGAAUGUUACUUUUAUAUAUGCUGGAUGUUGUGGUAUGAAAGAAACAAAGCUAGAAAGGGUGAGGUUUAUAAACUGCCUAUUGGUGUCCGUGAUGAUGCAACUGCCUAUCUAUAUGAAUUUCAGAAAAGCAAGGUAGUAAUCUCUACAUGUACGACACCACCUGUGUCCUUAAUCUCCCACGCUUUUCCUAUUGGAGAUAGAUUGGGGACUCAUUCACCAAUAAUGACGGAACAAAGCAUGAUGAAGAUGGGCACUUGGAAACCUCUAGUGGGAGGCACUUACAAGCUAAAUAUAGAUGCGGUAAUCUCAAUGAGGUCGGGCUUGUUUGGAGUGGGGGCUGUUGUUAGAGAUGCCAAUGGAGUUGUGGUUCGUUUCCUAUCUUGUCAUUUUAAAAUGACUAUUUCUCCAUUUGUUGCUGAAUCGACGGCUUGUUUGGAAGCUUUGAAAUGGUGUGCUGAGAAGGAAUUCUCAUCCAUAACCUAG